AUGCCACUUGCGAUCAAAAAGUCAACAAGGAAGGGCAUGAUGUCUUCCUCCUCCACGCCAAUACGCGCUAUCACUACCCCAUUGCGUAGCCCUACACCUGCACCGAUUCCAUCCUCAGACAAACUAUACGAACCCCACGCGAAAGCAGUGUUGCGCCGCCGACUCACCAAUCGCGUGUUUGUUUACACCGCGUUAGUCUCACUUGCCAGCGGUUUCUAUUGGUCGGGUCUUGAAUGGGGUGUUGGCGCGGCAGUCAUAGUAUGGCUUGGAGGCUUUCUUCCCAUUAUUCUUUUGAAAAAGACACAUCUCACUGUCUCUCACACAAGUGCUCCGUCACCAGCCUUGCUCUUACAAAGAUCCUUUGCCCCACCACUACGGAUUAGAACGGCCAACGCUCUCCAAGCUCAUUUGAUUUCUGCCCUGGCUAUUCUUGCCUUGCACACCACACUCGACAACAACAGAAUACCCGUAUUUAUCAAAUCGCGGAAACAUCCUUACACACUCCAUCCCGUCCUGAUGCUAUUUGCACUCAACCAGAGUGUUGUGGCUUGUCUUUGUGUUCUAAGAGCUGUUAUGCGCGAUGUUUGGGUCUUUCCGUUCAAACGACCUGCAUUGCUUCCGUCCCCAGGCACUCUGCUGGCCCCAAUAGUCAUUUCGCUUGUGACCCUUCCAAUCUCGCUGACCCUGGUCUUUGUGGUCAUCCCAAUUCUCCGUCGCAUUCCCAUUUUGUCUUUGGUAUUUACAUUCACCCGCACGCCUCAUCUAUCGGUCCUCAAGCAUGUCCCGCGAGCCUUGACUGUUAGCAUACUCACGACUGCUCUUUGGGAAAUGACCGCAGCUAUCUGGGAAUCAGUGCUCAGCGAGGAACUUGGGACAACUCCGGCUAUAAGAACUCUGGUUUCGGGCAUUUCCAUCUCUUCCACUCCAGCUCCCACAAGCGCUCCCACAAGCUCGUAUCCAGGCACAGGAUCAUCUGUGUUCUCAACUCCCGCGCGCUCUUCUUCAUCCCCUUUUGCCUCGCAAGUUUCUUCAGUUGAGCAAGAUGCCCCUGCUCCAAUCCCGGAAACCAAACCGGUCACAGUUUAUACGCAUUUGGCGUACGCCGAGUUGCAUAAGAUUGCGAUGGCUCUCUCAGAAACGCCUUCUGUGGAUGCGAAGGCUGCUACAGAGCUAUUCGAUGUAGAUGGGCUUGUGUGGUCAACACUGGCGAGAGAGACUUUGAUUUUGUUGGGGAACGAAUAUCAGGUACUGCUUGGACGUGGCGUCGCUCCUUCCCCUCCUCCGCCACCCUCCAAAGUCCCAGCCACGGGAUUUUCAACGCCUGUCCCGGCAACUCCGACUGUUGGAAGUACCACCGCAAGUACAAGCAGGAUAACACAAACACCAUUGAUCAAGCAAAACAUUUUUGCACCAAAAUCAGUUCCAUCUUCUCCUGCGGCACGAGUGGGGGCUGCGUUAGCCAGUGGGGAGACAGUUGAAGGGAUUGUUGGACCCGUAGUUGACGGGCUCCCAUUACCAGACAUCAACCUGACAGCCCAACUGAAAGGGUAUGUUCCAAAAAUUGAUGUGCAGAAGCAUCUGCGUUUGCCUGGUUGGCUGUCGAGGCUUGUGAGCGUCUCAUUACCGAAAGCUUGGACUCGCCCAAGGAUGGGAAGGACAGUGAGAGAAUGGGUGCCGAGGAGCGAAGUUUGUAUCGAGGCUGUUGAAGUUUUAACUCACCUCACUUCCGUCUCGUUGACUGCUGACCGUUUCGGGGUCGCGCAACGUGACAUUCCGCGUAUUCUCGAGGCACUGUUAGCAUUUUUGACCGCAGUGGAGAGUGCUCAAGCAGAGCUGAGAGCAAAACUUGAAGAUUCCAAUAUCUCAUUCGAGGAGAAGGAUGACGUAGAGGCGGCAGGUGGUGUUGUGGGUGAUUUGGGCGAUGCCCUGAAAGACGGGAUUGCGCGAAUCGUGCGAACGUUUGGAGACAAAUUACGUGCAUUCAAGUUUCCGCCACGAACGGCUAGUCGGCUACAGGAGUUUGUCGACUAUAGUCAUGGUGCGGUAAUUGGUUAA